AUGGAUCCUUUGCGGCACUUCCUGCUGCGAAUCGACUAUGCCUUGCUCUCCAUUGAACCCGCCGUGGUGCCACGGGCCGAUGGACUUGGAGAGGCAGUGAAGGCAGACUGCGAGUCCCUGCGCAGCCUGGUGGAUCUGGCGCAAGGCGCACGCCUGGCGAAGCUCUUGGCAGAGCCAUGGCUGAGGGAUUUGGUGCCCUCUUUCGCACGAGCUAAGGUGGCUGAUGGAAUGGGUGCUGGCAUCGAAACGCUGCAGGCUGACAUUCUGGCUGCCUGUGAGCGCUUCCGUUCUGCAGCUGAGAAUGACGAAGCUCUUUUGGUCCGGCAUAGUGCCCUGCUGGCUUUGGCUGUGGCGUUCUUGCAGCACUUUGUCCGGGCCAAUUGGACUGGACCACCAGAGCAGGAAGAUGAUGCGAGCCUGCCAUUCCACCCUUCAGCGCUGGCAGAGGAUGACGCAACAAGCCCACCAAUCCUGGCUGCUUUGGAAUCUGAUGGUGAGCCAGCCUAUGAGCUUCUUGCAUGUCCUGGCUACUUGUGGCUUUCAGCAUUGCUACUUGGCCUUUUGCCAUCCGACAGCCUUCAACCAGACGUUGCAUCCUUGCCAUUUUGGCGAGCACGCUGUGCUUUCGUAUGGCAACUGAGCAUUGCAGAUGCUUCGGAACGAGGAUGUGGCCAGUGCCCAAGCCUCUUCAAGGCGUCCAUCGCAGAUCUGAUUGGUGAAGCUGGAGAUACCACCAGCCCACUGUCCACUGCUGGUUUGUUGGACCCCCGUGCUCGGGUGGAGUUGCAGCAAGCUACCGCACCCUUGCUACGAAGCUACAAGCGUGGUACCAUGCCGGUGGGGACUCCACAGGUCAUCCAACCUGAGGAGGAAGCCGCCGGCGACGCCUUGGCGCUGCUGGAAUGCUUCGACGACGAAGCGCCCAGUGCUCUUCCAGCGCGGCCGACGCUGCGGGAGGCGCCGGAGGCGGUGCGGGCGGCGCUGCUGGUGGAGCUGGCGAAUCGGCUCUGUUGGUAUAGCCGGUUGAAGGUGUGGCAGCAAACCUCAGAUGCGGCCUGCAAAGUGGUGGAUUUCAACUAUGAACUCACAGGAGUUCUAGGCAUCAAACGAGAACAUCAGACCACGGAGUAUGCUCAGCUAGUCGUGAAGGCCAAGGGAAAGGAAAACGUCAAAGGCGUGGAAGUCGAUGAGAUGGCCAAGGCUCCUGGCACUCUCAGCCUGAAGACGGUGGAUGACAUGACUGAUGUGCUGGAGACGCCUAAGCUGUCGCAGUCAUUGUCAGAGACCGAGCGUCAUGAAAUUGAGCGACCACUGAAGGCUGCAGAGCAGUUGAUUCUUUUGUCGCGAUGUCACUACAUUUGGGCGUCCAGUAACCCCAAUGAUGAGAUGGUCUUGGAAGAAGUCAAUGCACUGGCACAGCGUGUGCUGAAGAAGCAAGAUCAAGUGCUUGAGGAGGAAGCCGGAGAGGGACCCUUAUUCACUGUGAAUUGGCUCACUUUCAGUUGCGGCCUAUGGUUCCGCUGCCGGGCAGAGCAUCACCGCAACAAGACCCGUGAGCGCGCCGCCUUCCAGCUCCAGUCGUUGGUUGAUCAGUUCACGGACGAGAAACCUUCGGCCGGACAUCGCCUGAGAAUGGCCCACAGCUGUGGCUACCCUGCACGAUUCCACCUGCAGCAUGAAGUGGCCUCCAGGAUGAUGAAAAUGGGAAUGGUGAGCACGGCUCAUGAGCAGUUCAAGAAGUUGCGCAUGUGGCCUGAAGCGGUGGAAUGUUUGAUCAUCGCUGAGCGGAAUGUCGAGGCUGAGGACAUGCUGAAGGGCCUCAUCGAAAAGCAUCCGUCUCCACGGUUGUGGUGUUGCUUGGGUGAUGUCAUGAGGGACCCAGCGCACUAUGAGACUGCUUGGCAGCUCUCCAACAAGCGCUUCGCCAGAGCCCAGCGUUCGCUUGGCAGGUACUACUACGACAAGAAGCAGAUUGCCAAGAGCGUGGAAGCCUUCAAGUUGGCCUUGGACAUCAACCCAAUGUACGAAGGCAUUUGGUUCACUCUAGGUGUGGGUUUGAUGCAGCUGGAGCGCAUGGAUGAAGCCAUGGUCGCUUUUUCUCGGGUCCUGUCCAUCAAUGACGAGGAUGGUCAAGCUUGGGCAAACCUGGCGGCCGUGCAUCUGCACCAAAGCAGGGUUAGAGAAGCACGGACCUGCAUGGUGGAAGCCACCAAGAGGUGUCGACAGAACUGGCGCAAGUGGGAAAGCUUCCAAGGCAUUUGCAUCAAGCUCCGGGACAUCAAUGGCGUCAUUCAGUCCUUGCGUCGAUUGGUGGAGUUGGAUCAGAUGGGUCGGGUUCAACGCCAGGUCUUGGGCAUGGUCACCCAGGCGGUGAUCACUGACAUGCCCGAGCUCUAUGAAGGGCGGUCCGGUAGGAGUUGUAUGCGACAACUGCUGGACUUCUACAAGUUUGCCACAGAUCACACCGCCUCCCGCCCUGACUUCUGGAGUUUCUACGCACACUUGCAGGAAGCUGCUGGUGAUGAUGUCGGGGCAUUGGAAAGCCGGUUAAGGCAGUGCCGCGUACUGCAGGCACGUUUGUGGGAUGAGAAGGACCCAGAGAUUUUCACGGAGAACUUGCAGGAUUUCCUCGAAUGUCUCAACCUGAUUGACAGCACCAUGGAUGACCCAGCCACAAAGGAAAUGGCCAAGGCCCAUGCAACGUCCUUCAGCUACAUGCUGUCGGAAGCUGCCAAGAAGCUCAAAGAGAAGUUGGCGGCAACGGUGCAGGACGGACAAUGCUUAAGAGGUGAAUUGGCCAACGCCGCCAACUUCACCAAGAGAUGGGACCUUUUCUACAGGGAUAAAGUCGAUGGAGGCCAAGAGCCUUAUGACUUUGAUGCAGACGGAGGCCAUCAAGGCGGCAGCAUGCCCAAAUUCAUGAAAUUCUGCGCCCGUGAGGUGAUGAUGCUAAACCCCGUGGACCUGAGCCACAGCAAGAACUACUCCUUUGACAGGGCCUAUUGGUCGGUCAAGCCCUCCGAUACCCAUUUUGCUACGCAGGAUUCGAUCAUGGAGGAUUUGGGUGCUGAGCUGGUGGCACAUGUGAUGGAUGGUUACAAUGCUUGCCUCUUUGCCUACGGGCAGACAGGCAGCGGGAAGACCUAUACGAUUCUGGGGCACGAGACUCCAUCAGAGCAAGCUGGUUUGCUCCCGCGCAUCACAGAGGACAUUUUCACCCGGAUCCAGGACGACAGAAAUUCCACGAACGAAUUUGUGGUGACCAUCUCCUACCUGGAGAAGAUUUACAACGAGCAGAUUCGGGAUUUGCUGGUUUCGCCGGAGGAACCCAGAUACAAACUGGAGGUUCGCGCGCAUCCAAAGUUUGGCAACUUUGUCUUUGGAGUGAAAGAGGUUCCGGUCAUGGAUUGGCCAAACACCAAGGCCUGGCUGGACUUCGGUGUCAAGUCUCGAGCCGUGGCCAGUACCUCGAUGAACGUGAACGUGGUCGACCUGGCAGGCUCUGAGAGGCAGAAGAAGUCCCAGACCAGCGGCACGCGGCUCAAGGAGGGCGCCAUGGUCAACCAAAGCUUAUCGAACCUCUCCUUGGUGAUCAGUCGAUUGGCUUUCCUCGCCAAGAAUAUCAACAAGGAAAACAAGAAAGCGUUGGACUUCAUUCCCUUCAGAUGCUUCCCAUCCCCUCAAAAUCCCAACCACAAAUCCUCCUCUCAAAACGGCUCGCCGUCGCACAUGGCCUGGUUCUUCAAGGUGGCGCGGGGCUGGGCCCCGUAUUCCAAGGAGCAGUCAGAGCUGUUGGAGGCGGGCUUCCAACGCUUCCACGCAGGGCAAAAGGAACCGGUGGUGCUGGACCAAUGGCGGGUGGACCUGGAGCAAAUGAUUCAAUACCGCUCGGAGGAUCCCUCCCGCUCCCGCGCCGUGAAGCGCGAAGGGCCGGCCGCACCUGCGGCGGCUUCCUCCUUGGCAGCGCAGGAGAGCCCCCCGAAGCGAGCAAAGCUGCUGAUGCAACUGGUGGAAGCAGCAGAUGAUGAGCUCUUUUCCAACUUGAGCCCAGAAGAGUUGAAACUGGUCUCGGAUCGUUUGGAGAAGCUCCAGGCGGGCUGCGUCGGUCGCAUGAAAGCUGCGCUGCCUGAGAAGCCCAGUGGCGACAAAGACCUGACCUGGACGCGCUGCGAGUUCAGCACCGGUCAUGGGCAAGCGCUCCACUCACCGGUGUUGUUCACCUAUGCCAGGCUGUUUGCACGACUCGGCAAUCGGCCAGUCUUGUUUCAGAUUCGCAAUUCUGAGAUCAUCAAUGCAGAAGCAUCUUACAAUGCCUACAAGCUGAGCUACUGCGACGGGGAGGUGGAGGACCAGUUGAUUUGGCCUCCAGCUCCAUACCACUGGUCCGAAGACGGCGAGCAUGACGGUGAGGUGAAACUGAUGCCGCUGGCACAGAUGGAGGAACUCCGCACCUCUUGUGGUGUCAAGGCCGACAAGGAUGAACGGCCAGCGAAUGAAUGGUUCAAGGCCGUGCUGCAGGAACUGAGCUCAGUGAUGCAGCAGCAGGUGGAGGAAAAGAAAGCGGCUGCACUGCAGCAAGCCUUUGAGGAGCUGGAGGAUUGCCUGGCUGAUUACUUCAAUUAUUUGCCUGACAAGGUGAUGACGGUGGGUGAGUAUGUGGCUCAGCACGGUGUUUUGCUCCAUGUGGUGUGUGGCAGGUUGGAGGACUCGUUGAGGGGCAACUCAAAGACUGCCAUGAUUGCAGCCCUAUCUCCAGCUGGUUCUGACCAUGAUGAGACCACAAGUACCUUGCAGUUUGCUCAGCAUGUGAAGGCUGUGAAAACGAAUGCCAAGAAGAAUCUGAAUCAAGAGGAUCAUGUGAUGCAAGAGUUGGAGGCUGAAUGUGCUCGACUGCGGCAGAUGGUGGAGACUGGCGCAGGCCAGAGCCAAAUUCAAGAGCUUGCAGCCUUAGAGGAGAUGCAGAGGAAGUACGGCCGGAACUUUCAGGAGCAGCUGAAAUUGGCCAACGAAUUGCAAAAGCAACGAGAGAUGCUGUUGGCCGACGCCGGCCUUACCUCGCUGGAGAUGUCCAAGAGCGUUGGCUUGGAAGAUCAUACGCCGCAUUUGCUGAAUGUUUGCUAUGACCCUGAGCUCAAUGGUUGCUUGAUAUACUUCCUCAGGAGGGGCGUGCCCUGCACUAUGGGGAGCGAUCGAAGCAACACCAUCUCUUUGAAGGGCUUGGGCAUGUUGCCACACAUGCUGGAGAUUCACAACGUUGACAAUUGUCAGGUGGUUCUUCACUACAAAUCUGGCCGCGUCCUACUCAAUGGUCGCCUCGUAGGGGAUGAAUCUAAGGAUACAACAUCUGUGGCCAAGGCAGUGCUGUGUCACAACGACCGCAUCAUCGCAGGGCAUGCCUUUUGUUUCCGUUUGGUGAUCCCCAGUGAGAGCAACAUGGCGGAUGAUGUGCCCUUGGAGACAGCCUUGGACGAAGUGGAAAUGAAGGACGACCCGAACUAUCAGCGUGUCUUGCUACUCUUCAGAAACUUCCAGAGUCGGAUUGGAGAGAUCCGUGCUCAGCAGUUUCGCAUAAUUUUCAAGAAGGUCUGCAGAUUCGUGGAUGAGGCCAAUCAGAUGGCAGCCACCAUGUGCCCUUUGGAGCGUUUAAGAUUCAGCGCUGAAGUGCUGACAGAUAUUUUCGGUCAGGAGGAUGAUACCCUUGAGCCUGUGGUCCGGCUGCGUCGCUUAGAGCGUGGUGCGGCACGCUGGCGCUCCAUCGUGCGCGAACGCGUCAUCAAACGACCAGUGUCUUUACUGCAUCACUUUGUGAACAUCAGCAUGCAGAAUGUGCAGCUCUGGUCGGACCAGACAAGCUUGGUGAUGAAGGUGGAGGAGUUUCACCAACGGUUGCAAUGCUUUCGGGACGCCUACAAGGCAGUGGUGACGGAUGGACAUCCCAUGGAUGACUUGCAGCCGGCGGAAAGAGACUGCUGGAGUCGCAUUCCUCCAUGGGUGGCGGCCGAACUGGAGCAGGAGCAGCUGGAACGAGAAAUCGCUCUGAAGGAGCAUCUUUCGAAGGGAAGAUCAGGCAGAGAACAGAUCCUGGAGGAGCAGCUGUCCAGCAUGCAGCGGCUACUAGACGCAAAGGACCGGAGGAUUGAAUCUCUGGAGAUGGCCGCUGCGGCGAAGGGCUUGACGGCCUCGAUCCCACCAAGGGAGAGGAGGCCCAGCGUUUCAUCGCCACCAAGUCUAGAUAAGCUGCGUGAGGUCCCAGCAAACCGCAAAGAUGCACACUCCCAAGUCAUGAGUCGCGCUAAAGACCUGAUCCACAGCGGCCGCGAGCGUCGCGCUGCUGAGAUGGACGUGGUGGAAAGGCAUCUGCAAGACUUCGACAGAAAGGGAGAAGAGUUCUUGGAGAAGCUACGCUUCCUUCGUUCAGAGGUGAACUCUGAAAUCGAUUCCUUCGAGAGUGCUGAGGUCAGUUGCACACAGGCCGAAGGCCUUGUUGAUUACCGACGACUCCAUCGAGAACUCGAUGAACGACACAUGCAACUGGAGCAUCACAUGCAGUUGCAACAAGAGCUGAAGGAUACCCUGGCGCGCGAGCGAAAGACCAACGUGGAACUGAGGAGGGCCUAUGGCGAGCUCCCUGAGACAAGUCUUGAUCAGGAACUGAGCACAAGCCGCACUUCGCGUGAAGCAUUGGAGAGGGAAUACCACGAGCAACAACAGCAGUUGGAAGCAGAGUUUGAUGCGGCCACAGAGUUGUUGCUUUGCGCCAGGGAACAGCUUUCAAAAAGUGUGACCUUCCGAGUCCGGGUGGAGACCAGUUUCUUGGAGAAGUUCUUUUACUACUUUGGUGACGACGUCUAUGUGGUGGGCCCUGGCGACUUGCUGGGUGAGUGGACCCCGAAACAAGGCGUUCUCCUGCGAACACACGAAGAGGCUUAUCCUGUGUGGUUCACGACCAUUUCGAUGCCCUUGGAUAUCCGCAAGAGCCGUGACAUCGAAAUGGAGUACAAGUUCGUGAUCCAACGCGCGGGCGGCUGGGCAGAGUGGGAGGAAGGAGCCAACCGAGUUCUCCCACUGAAAUUGCACUCAGAUAUGACGAUGGAGAGCCUUCCUCCACAUGUGGCGUGUUUUGGCGAAGCUCGUGACCCCUUCAUGACUCAGCUUCCAGCUCUUGCACCCGUCUUGAGCAUGAGCACCAUGGCCACCUACCUGGCUUCGGAGGACGGCGAUGGAAUGAUGUCGCCCUGCUCCUCUUUGGCAACGUUGCCACAGCUUGCCGAGUCACCGAAGGCUGAGCUCACCAACGAGCCCACCCCCGAGCUGUUGGAGCCACGCCCCACCCCAGAGCUCCAGGAGGUUCCGGACGCUAAGGUGCCUGUGGCCCCACCGGCACCUCCGGUGGUGGCGCCGGUGAAGGUUCCGAGUCCCAAGAAGGGUCCAAGUCCGAGGCGGGUUGCGACUCCUAGGAAGGUGGCCACUCCAAGGAGGGUGGCAACUCCAAAGAGGGCUGCGAGUCCUGUGAAGGCUCCCGUGGUGACACCGGUGGAGCCGGUGAAUCUCAAAGUGGAGUCUUUUUGCUUCGAGGCAGGAGCACACCGACUCUCCAAGCCAUCAGGUCGCUGCGAGGAUGCCUUCUUCUUCAGCUCCAAAGCCGCCGGGGUGGCGGACGGUGUGGGGCAGAUGGAGCAGUUCUCAGAGUAUGGAGUGGAUGCGGCCAAGUAUGCGGAUGAACUGAUGCAGCUGAGCGCCAAGCGCCUUGGAGCAGAUGCUGGGAAUCAUGGAGAUGUAGCUGAAUAUAGCCACUAUAUGACCAAUUUGAGGUUCGUCCACGAGAGCAGCGGCACGCGCCGGGCCUUGAUGGCUAUGAUGGCGGCCGAACAGAACGCCACGACCUUCGGUGCCAGUACGGCUCUGGUCAUGGCCAUUGACGGGAAGAUCGUUCAGGUGGCCAAUCUGGGGGAUAGCGGCUUCAUGCACCUGCGCCCUCGCGCUUGGGGCAUGGAAAUCCUGCAGACAUCGCGAGAACAAACUCAUGGCUGGAACUGCCCGUACCAGCUUACACGUGUUCCAGAGGCCUUGUUUAAGGACAGCGGCAUCUCUUUUGACUCAGCAUCUGACUGUGAGAAGUACGAGCUGAAAGUUGAACAGGGCGAUCUUCUUUUGCUUUUCACAGACGGGCUGACAGACAAUUUGCACUGGCAUGAGGUGCUGCGUAAAGUUGAUGAAGUAGUCGAGCGCUACGAGGGACAGAAAGGCCGUAUCGUUCCCCCAGAAGAGCUCGCGCAAGUCCUCGCCAAAACAGCCGAAGAGCGCUCACAUGACACAAAGGCUAACACACCCUUUGCUCAGUCUGCUCGUCGAAAUCGGCUGCAUUUUCCGGGUGGCAAGGAGGAUGACAUCACAGUGGUGGCGGCAUGGAUAACAAAUGAAGCUGACGCCCAAGAAGGGCACACAGAUGAGACGAUGGAUGUGACGAUGGGAACUCUCGAAAAAGCGAGUGCAAGGAAGACCUGUGUCCUUUCUUAA